AUGGCUUCUGUUCCUGUUCGGAAUGCUGGGUCACCUAACGCACUGCCAUACCUCAUAAAUCACUUCACCAGCUAUGCGUGCAAGACUCUCUCCUCCCACACGGGGCAGGUGAUCCUACACAGCAAGGUGCCUGAGAUGCUACUACGACAUAAGUUUCUCCUCCACACAGUACUCGCGUUUUCGGCCAGUCAUCUCGACUAUCUGGGCAGCGGGCCAUCGUCGAUCAAACGCAUGACAAAGACAGCGGCGUACCACAGUCAUCGAGCCAUACACCUGUAUGGUGACAGGAUUGCAUGGUACCAGACGCAAGCGUCCCAACCUAGAAAAAUGCAGGAGGCCAACUCAUGGCUCCAUAUACUGGCGCCUGACACUGAUGCAGACCGCCCUCAGGAAGAGAGGGAGGACAUGGACGCGCUAGUUGCGGCUUGCAUGAUGCUGACAAGCCUGUUCUUCCAUCCCAAGGAAGGGACUGGGAUGACGUCCUGGACUUUGAGCAUCUUGAGCUUCCCCUCGCUGCGUGGUGCAAUGCAUACAUUCGGUGCGGCAACGUUGCUUGCUGGUGGAAACUCGACGACUUUGCCUGAUGCUAUCGCCGAGGGGCUGCCUCCCACACACUCUCACGACAUGGCAUCCGAUACAAAGUGUAGCGAUCUUCUUGCCGCCGUUCAAGGCCACCUGGGAGUAUUCAACGAUGGAUUGAGAACCGCCGCUACGGUAGCGACCUCACUGCCAGCAGCGAUAACGUUGCCAGUUUCAGCCAGCUUCCCCGUCCCCACCUCAACCUUCCACGAUGUGAAACAGCUCUCGAGCAAACUACCCGACAAGCAGCAACACCAAAUCAAUUGGCUGACCACGGUCACAGGCAUGUCCAUUCUACUUGCAUUGCCGGCAUUCCAGAAGAAUCUUCGCAACAGCAUCUGGCUACAAUUCUUUACCGAAGCCAAUGACCAGCACAGUCCACAGCUCGACGACCUCGACACCAAUUUGGACGAGAUAGUUUUUGAGCUGUCCCAAGAGCCGAAUGUGCCGAUCGUCCCUAGUCAAUGUGGGCUCUCGGGGCUGGUUGUACUCUCCGACGACUGGAGCGACAUUGGAACGCCUCGCAGUCAGUGGAAUAGCCUGCCCGGAUUCUCAUUCGACUGCGCACAAGUCACGGAUCCCGUAGUGGACGCACCUGGGAAAGGCUGCAGUGCUCAGGCGCUGACAAAGUUGCAGCGCCUAGUGGGUCUGCUUGCUCGUCACCCCUGCGACAGAAUGAGGAAGCAGGCUGAUCUGGUCCGACCCCUGAUGGGGUAUCUGAGCUAUGUCUUGUCCCUUAACGCCAGCGAUCUGGACAACUUUGCUCCAAUCAUCUCGUUCGCAAGUCGCCUACCGCCUGACUUCCCAGCCCUCUUCGAGUCUCAUCUUGAUGCAAUGAGCAAACCGAGGGGCGAAUCGGACGCUGGUGGUGUUUCCGGCGCUGGAUCCAGCUUUCCGAAUGACUCUUGGUACAUCUUCAACGAUGAGUCGUCGUUCGAUGCACUGGAAGGACUCUCGAAACACCCACUCGAGACCGAACGAGCAUUGAGAGUAUUGCAGCAGAAUGCUUGCACGGACUCGUAUCAAAAUGCGCCCAACUUUGGCACUCCCCGAGGUGACGAGGAACAAUUCUUCGCUGGCAUCACGCAGAAUGUCUGUCCGUACAUGCCGCUCUACGCACCACCGAAUUCGACAGCGUCAUUACGCUCGACCGGUGCCACUCCCGCUGCGAAUGAAUCAUUCGACAUGUCUGUCUUCACGGGAUGGGCAGACCAAAUUACUGGCCUACAAUAUCAACUGCCGCAGUGGCAUGCGCCACCCGUAGCUACUCAGACUGACUCCUCAACCGAGUCCGCACCAGCCACGACGACACAUACUUCUACCACAUCUACAUCAACAACCUUCCCACAUGCCUGCAACUCCCUUUGUCCAACCACGCAGUCCAAUACUUUGCCCCUUCUGAUCCUCGGCUACUGGUUCGAUUGCCUACGCCGCGUGCCUCACUGGUGGUGUGCCGAUCGUGGACGCAUUGAAUCGGACGUCAUCGAAGAUGUGCUCUUGAACGGUCUCAGCUCAAACGCAGGUGGUAGACGGCAGCCGGCCACGCAAGCAUGCCCUCAACUAGGAGGCGGUGGCCUCGAAGGACAGACCGAGAGAGUGAUGAGGGAAGCCAUUUAUGAAUUUGUGGAUUUUCGUGAGCGGAGUGCUGGUGCGUGA